AUAGCAGCAACAUCAUUUGCACACCUGUCAUUUCAGGAAGUUGGCCAAUCAUUCUGGUAAAUGAAUAAUUAACGGCACAGACAGCAUUAUGAAAUCAGCAUACUACAUGUAAGGAUUAUGGAACAGACAUCUAGCCAGAAACCAGAAGCAGACUUUUGUGGAAGUACUGACACCCUCUUAGACACCAUCCAAAGGACUCUAAUCCCUGGAACCUUCCUUUUUAUCCUGGUUGUGGGAUUGCUGCUCAAUGUCCCCAUCAUUUGGAUCCUUGCUUUCCGCAUGAAGCGCUGGAACAGGAGCACAAUUUUCCUCUGCAACUUGGUGUUUGCUGAUAUCAUGUGGAUCUUAACCCUUCCCUUCCUGAUCUACUAUCACCUAAACCAGCUGCACUGGACCUUUGGAGAGAGCUUCUGCAAGAUUAUACGGACUACCUAUCACCUGUGCUAUUACUGCAGCAUCUAUUUUGUCACCUGCCUGGGCAUGGACAGGUACUUGGCCAUUGUCCACCCCCUGAAGUCCCUGUGGGUAUUAAACAAACAGCACUCCCUGCUGAUUUCUUCGUCCAUCUGGACAGUUACAGGAUUGGUUAGCCUGCCAGUUGCUUAUGUUGCAGGCACCCAGGCAUGCCCAAACAACAAAACAAUUUGCUCCCUCUAUGUAUUUUCCAGCUCUACCUAUAUAACCCUCCCCCUGUCUGUGAGUUGCUCAAUUGCCGGGUGCUUACUUCCUUUCACUGCUAUUUGUUACUGUUAUUGCAGCAGCGUUAGGAAACUCCAAGAUACUGGCCUCCAGCGCUUUCAGAAAAGGGAGAAACUCACCAAGCUCAUGUAUUCAGCCUUGAUCAUUUUUGCUCUUCUCUACUUCCCCUACCACGUCUCACGAAACACCUGCAUCUUCCUGAGAGCUGUACGGCCUUCUGCAACCCAGUCUAUUCAGCAUGCCGACACCUUGUUCCUUGUGGAGAUGGCUAUCUGCAGCCUGAACACCUGCGUCAACCCUCUUUUCUGUUUCCUGGCUGGGGGAGACUUUCGAGAGGAGAUCUGCAAAUUAGCAUCCUCCUUCUGUAUAAUCAAACGCUGGAGGAAUCGACAGCAACUGGCAUGUGUUUAUCCCAUAUAGAUAUUCUCCAAAACAAGGGUCUCUUUGCCUGAAACAAAUCACUUGCAACGAGUGACUGAGUGAUCAUCAAUUGCUCUGAGUGUGUGCAUGAUAGCUAGCAAUAAAAGCAACGAAAAUCUAAAACUCUCUCCAUCAGUAAGGACCUGCAGCUCAAAAUCCUGAACACUCAAAGUAAAUUGGAAAACUAGUCAGUUCCAAAGCUCAUUUUUUCAGUAUAAACACCACAAAGCAUUUAUUAUUCAAAAACUGCUGGUAGCUUUAAUUAUUUCUGUACUAUACAACUAAAAAUUCGAUACCUGUGCUGGUGAUAGAGAAAUAAUCUAUGGUUAUUUCCUAAAAUGACCUUGUGGCUGGGUUCACAAAGUCUAAUUGGGAGUAGAGAAAUAAGAGGGUGGGGGAAUGUUGGCUAAACACCCUUUGACCACAUCAAAUGUAAGGUAAGUGCAUCAGGAAGCCUACUAUCCACCCAUGAGAAUUUCACUGAAAUUAUCUUUCCCAUUUGAUAAUUUUUGGAUGCAAGUUAAUGGAUGGAGAAUCUGAGAAUUUUUGGACAAACCGCUAGUUCUGACCCACCAAUUAUUUUCAGGCAAGAGAGCUCUAGCACUCACAUGACACUCCCCCCUCACCUUCGAAGACUUCU